AUGCCUCCUCCACCGUCAUUCGAUUACUAUGCUGAACUCGAGAUUGAGCGCUCAGCCUCUUUAACGGAGAUCAAUUCAGCAUACCGGCGACUUGCCAGGAUCCACCAUCCAGACAAGAAUCCCAACAACCAGGAGGAAGCCACAACCAACUUCCAGCGACUCCAGCUGGCCCACGAAACUCUUUCCGACCCUGUCAAACGCGAGCGAUACGACACCGCACCACCAGGCUCAAUCUUCAGCCAAGAGGACGAGGAGCUCUGGGAGGACGACGAGGAAGAUCCCUUCGGAUUUCCUCCCUUCCCGUUUCCCUUCCCUUUUGAAUUCUUUUUCACAUCUCGAUUCUUUCGUGGACCGCCCCGUCGUGGCACCUCGCAAGCCCAGGCAGCCUACGACGAUCUGAGAGCGGAAAAUGAGCGCCGAAGACAGGAGAGCAAGCGACGGGAGAAGGAGGCCAGAGAUCUGCGCGAGGAAGAGCAACGCCUGCGCCAAGAGGCCAAGAAAGCUCGCGAGAAAGCAGCGGAACGAUCCAAGGCUCUGGAGAGGCGCCACCUUCAAGACGAGGAGAUGAAGAAGCAGGAGAUGCGAUGGAAAGAGAUGGGCGCUGUCUCCAAGGAAGAGAGGCUCCAUACCUGCCUACACUCAGAGCUGUGUGACAAAAUUCAGCACACCAAGAAGUUCAAGUGCACGGCAUGCUCAGUGAAGCGCGGCAUGAUCGCGUUUGAGUGCCCUCACUGCUCGGCUUUCCUUUGCCAGUUGUGUGUCACCGACUUCUCUGAGAGACGGAAGAAACUGGAUAUGCAAGAGCAGAUGGAAGAGCCUUGGAUGCCGAAGGACUCUGCUGGCACGAGCAGCAAGCCCACCAUCAACAAGCCCAAUGCCAACAAGUCUACAACUGGAGAGUCCGCUGCCAAGAAGCCUCAGAAGAAGAAGAAGUCCAAGACCAGCGGUGCCGCCAAACAGACUCCCAUCUCGGGCAAGACCGGCAAUGGCAACAAGGACAGUUUGGAACGCGAUCCAGUCUUGAGUGAGGUAGAUGACGAUAAGGCAACACCCACUUCCCGGGGAUUGUUCGCUUCUGACAACCCAUACAACAUCCUUGUGGAUGAUGAGAAGACCACGUCUCUCACGUCCGAGAAGUCUAUACCACAUGCUAGUACUCCUGCUCAGACGGCCGCUCGUCUCUCAACCGCACGCCCUGACGGUGCCAAGGGUGACGACGACAAGCCAGCUUCUACAAAGUUUGCUCAGUCGAAGAAGAAGAGGCAGAACAAGAAAUCUGGCAACAAGGACAGCUCAAAGGAGAAUGUCAAUCUGCACGGUCAGGAUCAGAAGACCGACACUAACAUUGCUGUCGAGGCCAAGGCGACCGGUGCGAUUCACAACACUCACCGGCAGACUUUGGCCCCAGGCCCUAGCGAAUCCUCCUCUCAGAGUGUGGCUGCCCAGCCUGUCUCCAACAAAACCGUCAACGACGACGUGAAAGCCAGCGUGAGCAUCAAGCCGCAGAAGCCGAAACAUCACAGUGCUCCAUCCCGUGAAGAGAAGCCGACGGGCCCAGGUUGCGGCCCCUCGGCAGGCGCAACCGGCGGUUACAUUCGAGCCUUAGACGCAGCGCACAGCCCGACCGUGGCCGAUCUCCGUCAGGCAAUGGAGAAGUUUGGGGCCGUGAAGUGUCUGAAGAUUGUCAACAAGCGCCGCGGCAUCUCCCACGUGGAUUUCGCCGCACACGAAGGCCUGCGCCGGGCCAUCGCGGCCUCCCCUGUGGUCGUGAGCGAGCAGAUCACCGUUCGCGUGGUGGAGUUGAAGCACUGCGACACCUGUGGCAAGGCUGGCCACGUUGCCCGGACCUGCAGAGCCGCGAAGAGCCCCAAUUGA